GCUCGGCAGGUAGAACAUGACCUUGUGCUGCAAAUGCUUCGACCUCUAAGACAAAGAUGAGAUAAAGAUUGACCGGAUGAGCAAACCCGAAGUGUUUGUCAGACAAGUUAUGUCUACCACUAGGAAUAGCGAGAUACCGCUCAUGGGCGAGAACUCCACAAGGUGGUAUGGUGAUAUAUCGUUGGAGCAGAUUGUGAAGAACUCGAAGCUUUACAUGGAUGGAAUGCCCAAGAAAUCUCUCUCUUUCAACUUUGUGAGGAUGGAUAAAAACAUGUUUGAGCCUGAUAAUUGGAGCUGCUUUGUUCGGUUUGUUAAGCGGAUGUUAGACGCCAGCACUUUUCAGGCCAAGUUAGGUUUGGGAGGGAGGGACUCACUCCGAUCUUCAGAUGUUGUGUUAGGAGUUGAGGAAGUGCAAACAUAUGAACACCGAGAAAUCAUCUGAAAUUCCAUUUCAAUACAAUUCUAUAGUGAGAUUUUCGACAGUCACAGACUGAGACUCGUGUGGAAAAUGCAAGCAGAGGUUGAGGUUUCUUUCUUUCCA